GGCUUGGGAACCCGAGCGUGCAACCCUAGAAGGGAAAAGGAGGAGAUUGAGCUGCGGCUGCGAGAGAGCGAGAAAGAGCCCGGGUGUUUGUGUGAGAGCCGGGCGGGGGACUGUGGCGAGGGGCCGGCAUGGCUGAAGGCUGCGCUCCGCAACCUUGAAGAGCGGCUGCGGCUGGAGGCCGGGGACCGGGAGGCGGGUGCGAUGGCAGAGCGCGGCCCCUGCAGCUGCGCCCGGCCCGGCCGGCUGGCCUGAGCCGCCGGAGGAACGGGGCUACCUCUGCGCUUCCAUGGAGCAGCGGGAAGGGCGAAACUCCGGAGCGCCGCGUCCCUGCGCUGCUGCUGCCGCGGACUGUUGAAGGGGCCGAGCCCCCGCGACUGCAGAGAGAGGAGAGCCCCCGGCCCAGCCCGCAGGCCUGCUGCCCGGGGCGGCGGGGGGCGUCGGAGGGCGCCAGAGGCGCGCCGAAGGCGCGGCGCCGCGGGAGAGGCCGGCGCUGGAGGCGGCCGCAGCAAUGCCGGGCCCGCUUGGGCUGCUCUGCUUCCUCGCCCUGGGGCUGCGCGGCUCGGCCGAGCCCAGCGGCGCGGCGCCGCCUCUCUGCGCGGCGCCCUGCAGCUGCGACGGCGACCGUCGGGUGGACUGCUCCGGGAAGGGGCUGACGGCCGUGCCCGAGGGGCUCAGCGCCUUCACCCAAGCGCUAGAUAUCAGCAUGAACAACAUUACUCAGUUACCAGAAGAUGCAUUUAAGAACUUCCCUUUUCUAGAGGAGCUACGACUGGCUGGCAACGACCUUUCUUUUAUCCACCCAAAGGCCUUGUCGGGGUUGAAAGAACUCAAAGUUCUAACUCUCCAGAACAACCAGUUGAAAACAGUACCCAGUGAAGCCAUUCGAGGACUGAGUGCUUUGCAGUCUUUGCGUCUAGAUGCCAACCAUAUCACCGCAGUGCCUGAGGACAGUUUUGAGGGGCUCACUCAGUUACGGCAUCUGUGGCUGGAUGACAACAGUUUGACAGAGGUGCCAGUGCAUCCCCUCAGCAAUCUGCCGACCCUGCAGGCGCUGACCUUGGCUCUCAACAAAAUCUCCAGCAUCCCGGAUUUUGCAUUUACUAACCUGUCCAGCCUGGUGGUUCUGCAUCUUCAUAACAAUAAAAUUAAAAGUCUGGGUCAACACUGUUUCGAUGGACUUGAUAACCUGGAGACCUUGGACUUGAACUAUAAUAAUUUGGGGGAAUUUCCUCAGUCAAUUAAAGCCCUUCCCAGCCUAAAAGAGCUGUUAUUUCACAGUAAUUCUAUUUCUGUUAUUCCUGAUGGAGCAUUUGAUGGUAAUCCACUCUUAAGAACUAUACAUUUAUAUGAUAAUCCUCUAUCUUUUGUGGGGAACUCAGCAUUUCACAAUUUAUCUGAUCUGCAUUCCUUAGUCAUUCGUGGUGCAAGCAUGGUACAGCGGUUCCCCAAUCUGACUGGAACUGUCCAUCUGGAGAGUCUGACCUUGACCGGUACAAAGAUAAGCAGCAUUUCCAGUAAUUUGUGCCAAGAACAAAAGAUGCUCAGGACUUUGGACUUAUCUUACAACAAUAUAAAAGACCUUCCCAGCUUUAAUGGUUGCCAUUCUCUGGAAGAAAUUUCUUUGCAACGUAAUCAGAUCCACCAAAUAAAGGAAGAUACUUUUCAAGGCCUGACAUCCCUAAGGAUUCUAGAUCUGAGUAGAAACCUGAUCCAUGAAAUUCACGACAGAGCUUUUGCCAAGCUUGGGUCAAUAACUAACCUAGAUAUAAGUUUCAAUGAAUUAACUUCAUUUCCAACGGAAGGCCUAAAUGGACUAAAUCAGCUGAAACUUGUGGGCAACUUCAAGCUGAAAGAAGCCUUAGCAGCAAAAGACUUUGUUAAUCUCAGGUCUUUAUCUGUACCAUAUGCUUAUCAGUGUUGUGCAUUUUGGGGUUGUGACUCUUAUGCACAUUCAAGCACAGAAGAUAACAGCCUCCAAGAUCACAGUGUGGCAAAGGAUAAAGGUCCCACUGACCUAGCAGUUGUCACCAGCAGUGCUGAAAAGGAGGAGCACAGUCAAAUCAUUAUCCACUGUACACCCUCGACAGGUGCUUUUAAGCCCUGUGAACAUUUACUGGGAAGUUGGAUGAUCCGUCUUACCGUGUGGUUCAUUUUCUUGGUUGCAUUGUUUUUCAACCUGCUUGUCAUUUUAACAACAUUUGCAUCUUGUACAUCACUGCCUUCCUCCAAAUUGUUCAUAGGCUUGAUUUCUGUAUCUAACUUAUUCAUGGGAGCCUAUACUGGCAUCUUAACUUUUCUGGAUGCUGUGUCCUGGGGCCGAUUUGCCGAAUUUGGCAUUUGGUGGGAGAUUGGCAGCGGCUGCAAAAUAGCUGGGUUUCUUGCCGUUUUCUCCUCGGAAAGUGCCAUAUUUUUAUUAAUGUUAGCAGCCGUCGAAAGAAGCUUAUCUGCAAAAGAUAUAAUGAAAAAUGGGAAAAGCAAUCAUCUCAGACAGUUCCGGAUUGCUGCCCUUUUUGCUCUUCUGGGUGCUGCAGUAGCAGGCUGUUUUCCCCUUUUCCACAGAGGGGAAUACUCUGCUUCACCUCUGUGCUUGCCAUUUCCCACAGGAGAGACCCCAUCAUUGGGAUUUACCGUAACCUUAGUGCUGCUAAACUCACUAGCAUUUUUAUUAAUGGCCAUCAUCUACACUAAACUCUACUGCAACUUGGAAAAAGAAGACCUUUCAGAGAACUCACAUUCUAGCAUGAUUAAGCAUGUUGCUUGGCUCAUCUUCACCAACUGCAUCUUUUUCUGCCCCGUAGCAUUUUUCUCGUUUGCGCCAUUGAUCACUGCCAUCUCUAUCAGCCCCGAAAUAAUGAAGUCUGUUACUCUGAUAUUUUUCCCAUUGCCUGCUUGCCUGAAUCCAGUCCUGUAUGUCUUCUUCAACCCAAAGUUUAAAGAAGACUGGAAGUUACUAAAGCGACAUAUUACCAAGAAAAGCGGAUCCGUGUCGGUUUCCAUCAGCAGCCAAGCUGGUUGUGUGGAACAGGAUUUCUACUAUGACUGCGGCAUGUACUCACACUUGCAGCGUAACCUGACUGUGUGCGACUGCUGUGAAUCCUUUCUGUUGACAAAGCCAGUGUCCUGCAAACACUUAAUAAAAUCACACAGCUGUCCCGCCUUGGCAGUGGGUUCUUGCCAAAGACCGGACGGCUAUUGGUCCGACUGUGGCACGCAGUCUGCCCACUCUGAUUACGCAGAUGAAGAAGAUUCCUUUGUCUCGGACAGUUCUGACCAGGUGCAGGCCUGUGGACGAGCCUGCUUCUAUCAGAGUCGAGGAUUCCCUUUGGUGCGCUAUGCUUACAAUCUCCCAAGAGUUAAAGACUGAAUCAGUGUGUUUGUGACUGUUGCCCCCAUCAACCCAAAUCACAGUGUUUAUAGAAUGAACCCUAGUCUGAUCUCGCAUCUGGGAAGCACUUCUGUGAUCACUGCCUGGUGUCACUUAGAAGAAGGAGAAAGGCGGCAGUUUAUUUCUUAAACCAGACCUUUGCAAAGAACAAGUGCCUAAACUAUCAAUGGAUGAAAAAAUGCAGUGUCCAAGCAAUGUGUAGUCUAUUUGAAACAAAUGUAUAACUUGAAAAAGAUUCUAUGUAUAUCAUAGCAAUAUAGCGUUAGGUUUUUCUGAUCCAUAAGAAGCAAAUUUAUACCUAUUUCUGAAUUAAGCACAAGAUAAAGAACAGCUGUUAAUAUUUUUUUAAGAAUAUUUUAAAUGGUGAUUUUGUAUAACCGAAGACAAAGUCUUGCUAAUUUUACCUAAUGUUUCAUCAUUAAUCUCAGGACAGCUUACUGCAGGGCCAAAAAAAGGGAUUGUUUCCCAGAUAGGACUAUGAGAGUGCAUGUAGGCAUCAUCGUCUGGCAUUUUCUAAUCCAUCUCUGACAUAACAGAAUCCUCGAUUUUGUUUAAGAGAUCUAAAUCUAAAACCUGAAGAUGUUUUUAAAACAAUAUUAACAACUGUUAGAUUUUAAAAGAAUAACCGAACACAUUUGUUUUCGGUCAUUAUACACUGCUUUGUUUCGAUCACAGUAAUUUUUUCUUCAGUGUUUUGUGAUCACACUAUUAGGAAAAAGUAAAGGGCUCAUUGCUGUGUGAAUUAGUAGAUUUGGCUAAACUACUUACAUGGGACUUUAAUAGUAUCUGAGGGAUUCGAUGGCUCUGUGUAAUGUUCUCAUUGAUAAAACACAUCCUAAUAUAUCCCUGGAGCUAUCAGUAUUUUCCAGUUUUGUUGGUAUGUGAUCUACCUAUAGUUUAAAUUAUACAGAAAGUAAAUUGUGGCAAGUGAUUUCAUUUAGUUGGAAGAAAUUGGGAGUAAUUAUGACACAGAGCACUUACAUUUAUUUCUUAGUGAGCUGGAUUCUCCUGAACCUAUACUAUUACAUGGAAGCUGCCAUACAUUUUCCCCUUUACUUUGAUUUAUAAGAGCCUGUGCAACAGCUCAGAAACGGUGUUCUAGUGAGACAAGCCAAAUAUGUCACUAAGGUAAAGCUUAGGCCUGACAAGCCAAAUAUGUCACUAAGGAAAAAAUAAAAGGCAUAAAGCUUAGGCCUAUGUCUUUAAAAAUCAAAAUUUUUACUUGAUUCUCACCUAUGGACUUCUGACAUGUUCAUUAUGUGGAGUCUUAAAGUUAUAAAGGUUCAAUAUGUUUUUUGAACAAUAUGCUAAAUCAGUAGCAAACCCACUGCCAUAUUAGUUGUUCAGGAGAUACUAAAAAACAUUAAGCUAGAUUGCAGUUUAAAAAUUAAACUGUAUAUAAUGUGCAUAUAAUGAAUUUUUAUCUUAUGUAAAUUAUUUUUAGAACACAAGUUGGGAAAUGUGGCUUCUGUUCAUUUCAUUUAAUUAAAGCUACCUCCUAAACUAUAGUGGCUGCCAGUAGCAGAAUGUUAAAUUGUGGUUUAUAUACUUUUUGCAUUGUAAAUAGUCUUGGUUGUAUAUUGUCAGUGUAAUAAAAACAGAAUCUUUGUAUAUCAAAAUCAUGUAGUUUGUAUAAAAUGUGGGAGGGAUUUAUUUACAGUGUGUUGUAAUUUUGUAAGGCCAACUAGUCACAAGUUUUUUAAAUUGCUAUCAUGUUUGUAUAUUUACACAUC